GUCGACGACCCUCGACUCGAAGCCUCGAGCAACUCAGGCCAAUCACACUCUCAGUUCAGAGGUAGGUCAUGGUACCGACGGCUUCUGCCAGUGGGACGACAUGGAUACCCCCAAUCUAUGAUUGCUCGAGAGCUCCAGAGCUGGAAUGGAACACGUCCGUACCGCAUGAUGAAAUGAUGCCCUACAAUUUUGCUCGAAGCGCAAAGUGGUGUCCUGAUGGAUCAGCAGUACUAUCUCAAUGUGAAGAUCGCACAUUUUACUUACCAGACCUACCAGCGAAAUCUUCAUUUGCCGACGAUUCUAGUACACAAGGUUGCGCCACACAUGCUCGUGUAUUCAGACAACAGGGUCCGAUACUUGAUUAUGUGUGGUACCCAUCCGCUAGUACUGGCAACCCUGCAGCCUUUUGCUUUCUUGCCUCGGUACGCGAAUGUCCCGUAAAGCUUUUGGAUGCCAGUGACGGCAGGCUGCGCGCAUCGUACCGAAUAGUGGAUCACAGGGAGCGUCAGGUCGCACCUCAUAGCUUAGCAUUCAAUGCAACUGCUGAUAGGUUCUACUGCGGAUUUGAGGACGCGAUUGAGGUGUUUGAUGUCCAGCGGCCCGGAGAUGGAACGCGACUACACAUGUCAGCAUCGAAAAAAAGUAAAGAUGGGCUGAAGGGUAUAAUAUCCGCAUUGGCAUUCUCUGCCGAUGCUAGCUCGGGGGUCUUUGCGGCAGGAUCACUGAGCUCACCGGCCCCUUCUUCGUCCAACAUCGCACUGUUCUCAGAAGCAACGGGAGAAGCACCAGUCAUGUUUGUAGGUGCCGAGAGCCUCUCUCACGGCGCGACCUCCGGUAUUCGUGCAAGCGUGACGCAGUUGAUGUUCAAUCCUGCCCAACCAUAUCUGCUCUACGCGUCCUUCAGACGUCAUGAGUCUAUCUAUGCAUGGGAUUUGAGAGGUGACGUCAGUACUCCCGUAUGCAUAUUCGACAAAGAAGCCCUCGAGUCGUCUGCGACAACCGAGCAAACGCGCAGGCCGGCCUUAACCAACCAGAAGAUCAAGUUUGACAUCGACAUUUCUGGGAAAGUGCUAGGAGUGGGUGACCAGCACGGAAACAUAACCCUUUUCGAUGCUGCGCCAGGUGGGCGUGAGGCUACUUCCUUUCCGUCGGAGUCAGAAGCACAAGUUGCGCGACAGCUUCCGAUUCUCAGGUAUGCGGCACACGACGAUGCGAUAGGCUCUGUUGGCUUCCAUCCACUCCGCCCCGUCCUUCUCUCUGUUUCGGGUUCUCGACACUUUGAUGGAAGCCCGCCUACGUCCAGCUCGAGCUCAGAGUCAGACGAUGAAGCCGACGGGGACGCAGAAGGAGGCUACGUUUCCGCCGGACGUGCGAGGGCGGUGAGAAUAAGUCGCAGAGGGCCGCAGCCCGCUACACAUGAUGCGUCCACGAAGUUAUGGAACUUCGAUUCGCGUGUCGAGGCUGAGAGAAGCACAACAGCUACCGCGUUUUGA